CACGAGCAGGUGGUAAAGCUGCUGCUUGACAAGGGUGCCAACCCAAACGCCAAGGGUGGAGACUACGGCAACGCACUCCACGCGGCUUUAUCCGGAGGCCACGAGCAGGUGGUAAAGCUGCUGCUCGACAAAGAUGCCGACCCGAACGUGCAGGGUGGAUACUUCGGCAACGCACUCUACGCGGCUUCAUCCGGAGGCUACGAAGAGAUCGUGAGGCUGCUCAUC